UGCAGACGGUCGACAAGAAGAGCACUGAACCACUAUUCUGGAAUUCGGGAUGAUUACCGCUGGUUCUCCCAGAAUCAGUUGUUUCAGUGGUCUUCGGUUACUAGUUGGGGUUAUGCGCUGUCGCGGACCCACAUCUCCUGACGUGCUUCUCGUCAUGCUUUUGAACUGGACGGUACCACUGGACGUUCUGGUCUCCACUCUUGACAGUAGUGUCUGUCUGAAAGCCUGGAUUAGCAGACUCGACUAGUGGUGUUUGCGACGUGAGCGCAUGGUCGUCGGUUCCGCCAUCUAAGGUGAAUUUGGAUGCAUUUUGUGUCAUCCUGCGACCCACACACAAGACUAUUGAAUAAUCCACCUCUGUUCUCUGCGGGGAAGUCUAUCACACAGCUGAAUGAUGAUUGUUCACGAUAACCUCCGCGGGCGAAGCUAUUCUAUGCUGCUACAAGUGAAUUAGCAAAGAAGCUCUUAUUUGUGAUGAUUGUUCACGAUGAUGAGGAGCUGAAUGAUGAUUGUUCACGAUAACCUCCGCGGGCGAAGCUAUUCUAUGCUGCUACAAGUGAAUUAGCAAAGAAGCUCUUAUUUGUGAUCAACCUGUCGCCGCUGUAUGAGUUGCAACACAGCCACACAGGCAGUAGUGGAAGAAGCACCACCGAAUCGACUUGGACCUCCUCUGCCGGCCCCACGCAAGGCGGGCAGCAUCGCUUGGCUUCCACGCGGGGAGUUUUCUUUACCGCGUUUUGCGACUUUGUAAGCAACGAUAGCGAUAGCGACAGCGACAAGACAACGCGGGCCCUUGAAAAGCACGGACACCAACACGAAGGUGAUGACUCGUGGAACGGGGAAAUUUCGCGGAAGCUUCGUUUUCGUUUUAUUAGGUCCACCACGCAGCAUCGCUGUGAUCGCCUGCAAGCUUCGCGGAAGCUGCAUGCAGAGAGCUCGGAACUCGGCAGCUCCGGCUGCGUGCUGCAGCUUAUAAGAAAGCUGGCUAUAAACCAGCGAGGUCCAGAAGCAGGACAAGCCCGCUGCAUUGCUUCAGGCGCAGCUCCAGUUUUAGUUUUUCCAGUGAAAGCCAGCAACGCCGGCUUAAGUCUACCUUCCCGUUCCAAGAUCGCGAUGGCCGGUGCAACCCAAGCUGGAUUUCCCAGGCUGCUCGAGGACGCCGAGGAUCGCGAGGCGAACCGCCGCAAUGGCCUCCAGGUGGACAAUGCGGGAGGAGGGAUCAGCUUCCCCUGGCUGACGCUCCUGGGGUUCCUGUUCCUCACCUUCAACUCGGGUAUGGCCAUCUAUCGAUCCCUGGGCGACGCGACGGCGAUCCUCUUCGUCUGCUUCUCCUAUGGCGAUCUUGUGCUGCUCUUCGCCUGCCUCAGGACGUACGAGCGUGCACCUGCCGGCUCAUCGACCAGAUGGUGGCUCAAAAUAGCUAUCUGGGUUUUGACGACGAUGCUGACCAUGGCCUUCUCGUACAAAGUUGCGGCCGUAAUGCCACCGCCGGUUGCCGUGGGGGUCUGGCUGAUGGCCUUUGCCACUGUUGCUGGAGGCUUCGUCGCCUUCUUCUUGUACAAUGAAAAGAACUGACUAAGGUACGUCUGUACGUCCGAGCCCGACGAUUCAGCUGUCUUGUUGCCGUCCUCCGUUCCUUCCAUGCAUCAGUGUGCUGCAGCGUGUUCCAUGUAUGAUCGAUCAGUGGUCUCUGUUUUUCUGCCUCACACGUGAUGAGGCUGCUACCACAAACAAAAUUCGUGUCACCAGCCGUGUACUGAUGGUCAAAAGUUGAAUAUCAAUUCAGUUUGUUUCUUCUGGCUC